GGCGGCACGAUUGAAAAGUUUUGCCUGUCUUGUCCGAGUUUGUCUCCUCCUCAGAUUUUCCCCUCCGCUGUUUUAGCUGCACCGAAACACACAGUUUUCACAUUCGGUGACGCGUCGGCGUUUCUUCGAAGGGUUGCCGAGCGAGGCAAACAGCGGCAUGGCGUUUCGAAACCAGCUCAAAUUCGGGCAUCACUUUACCAGUGCUAGGCUAGGCUAGGCUAGCAAGCCUGACUGCUGUCAGAUGAGUGUUGGUGAAAAGCUUCGGUGGUUAUGUCUCGUCUCGCCCGGACCUCCUCGCUGAGAUGAAUAUGAAGAAGAGGACCUUUACGUAGAGAUGGAGGAUGAUGUGAAAAAAGUGAAAAAGCCUGGUAUCGUGUCUCCAUUCAAGAGAGUCUUCCUGAAAGGAGAGAAGGGGAGGGACAAGAAGGCGCAGGAGAAGGCCACAGAGCGCAGGGCCCUACACACCUUCCCACUCUCUCAGCCUGAUCACCGCAUCGACCCUGACAUCCUGCUUAACGACUACAUUGAGAAGGAGGUCAAAUACCUGGGGCAGCUCACAUCAGUUCCAGGAUACUUGAACCCAUCAAGUCGCACAGAAGUGCUACAGCUCAUUGAUAAUGCAAGGAAGUCACAUCAGUUGGCGGGCCAGCUGACAUCAGAGCAAGAUGCAGUGGUGAGCUUGUCUGCGUACAACAUUAAGCUUGUGUGGCGCGAUGGAGAGGACAUCAUCCUGAGGGUGCCCAUCCAUGAUAUUGCUGCUGUCUCAUACAUCAGAGACGACUCGUUGCACCUUGUGGUGAUCAAAACAGCCCAGGAGUCGGGAGGUUCUCCCUGUCCCAGCUCGUGUCCCGAUCUCAACAAGUCUCAGACCCUGAGCUCCUUAUCAGAGAGUGGAGCCGUGCUUGUGGAAGUUUGCUGUCUGCUUGUGCUGGCUGUUGAUAACAAGGCAGCAGCAGAGGAAUUGUGUCUUUUGCUCAACCAGGUCUUCCAGAUCGUUUACACAGAAUCGACCAUCGACUUCUUGGACCGAGCCAUAUUUGAUGGAGCAACCACCCCGACGAGACACCUCUCUCUGUACAGCGAUGACUCUUCAAGUAAAGUCGAUGUUAAAGAGGCCUUUGAAGCAGAAGGCAGCACAUUUCCUUUCCAGGUCCCGGCGGAGGCAGAAGGAAACUCUCCCACAACGUCGACCCCAGCAUCACCUCAGACGAAGACAGCGAGUGAAGGAGAGCUCAGCACCACUGCUGCAGAGCUGCUGCAGGACUACAUGACCACACUGCGGACAAAACUCUCAUCGCAGGAGAUCCAGCAAUUUGCCACACUGCUGCAUGAAUACCGCAAUGGUGCAUCCAUCCAUGAGUUCUGCAUAAACCUUCGACAACUCUACGGGGACAGCAGAAAGUUCCUCCUACUUGGCCUGCGUCCCUUCAUACCGGAGAAAGACAGCCAGCACUUUGAGAACUUCCUUGAAACCAUUGGUGUCAAAGACGGCCGAGGAAUCAUCACAGACAGCUUUGGCCGCUAUCGGCGCACGGUAAGCUCCGCCUCCGAUUCCACCACCAAUGGCAACGGAGCAGUGGGAGGAAGUGGGGACAGCGUGGCCUCGGACGAGGGCCAGGAUGCCUCCGAGGGCGACGAAUGGGACCGCAUGAUCACCGACAUCAGUAAUGACAUUGAAGCCCUCGGCUGCAGUAUGGACCAGGAGGGAGUGACUCCCUGACACGGAUCCACGAUGAUGUGCUGUACCGGCAAGAGCUGAGGACUCGAACUGACGGCCACUCCACAAUUAAACAGUAGGCAUGAGCUGAAGGGAUCAGAUGAAGGUGGUCCUUAGCACUGACCUAAGAUUUGAUUACUUGUAUUUUCCUCUAAUUGUCAAGAGGGCGUUCCAUAGUCCCGAAGCACUCAAGGAAAACCUCGACUUAUUACCACAAACACAUGAAGUCAACAAACGCACUUAUGCAGAACCUGUAGAUGAUGUUCAGUCACUUCGCUAUUUUUGCUUUUCAGAGGGAUUAUCACGCGACCUCUGGUAUGUUUUUAAAACUUUUGAUUUUUGUACUCCUUUUAUUGGCAGUAUCUGCCACUGCUGUCAGCAAUGUAGCGAAAACCUCGGCAGUCUUUGGGAACGGUUCUGUUUCGAAUCCCCUCAAAGACACUGGAGGAUCCAUCGGAGGACUGUGUAAAUGUGUUCGAGUGAAGCUGAACUGGUUUUGUGCUUUUGUAUUACGAUAGGUCAAUCAGCUUCAUGCAUCAGAAGAACAUUGGUUUUUGUUGAGAUUUCACAUUUGUGCGUUUGCUGUGAGAGUAACAUUUUGCUAUAUAAAUAUAUAUAUAAGAUUUGUGUACCUUUUUGUUUUACACUAUCACUUGUUAUAAGUGUUUACUCAUUUAUAUAAUUUUGCCUUAUUCAGACUGACCAACGAAAUGCUGUAAAGACAAAUUCAUUCAGUCGUACGUGACUGAGUGGGGACGGUAUUGGACAAAGCCAGUUAGCUGAUGGCUGAUGUAACUUCUUGAUUUUACAUAUUUGUUCCUCAUGCAGGUCAUCUUGUUGUGUGUGACAUCACAUCUGUCAUUGUGCCUUUACACUGCAGUACUGUUGCCAACUGUCUGUCACAUGCAGACAGCUCAUUAUGAACUGUACCUCCAGUUGUUGAGCGAAUCAUAGUUAUUAAAUAACAUACUUAACACUG